AACUGUUCUCACAAGUACCAGCCACCUCUUGUUAUUUCAACUACGAUUUGGCAUAACCCUUUCCCUGGAUAUAAUGUGGUGUGGAACCCCUCUAACAACUCCUAUGAUCUACUGAUUGAGAACAUCACUGGAUCUGACCUGGGACUCUACUACUGUGGGACUAUGGAGACUAACGUGGUGGAAGAAGGAAAACUAAUUAAACAGAAAGAGUUGUACCACUAUGGAAACAUCACCACUAGGAUUUCACUGGGUAAGAACUAUUAUUAUUCUAUAUAUAGAUCUUCUGGCUGUAUCUUUAGUAUUAUUAAUAUUGUAUUAGUAUUGGUGUGUCUGGGUUCCAUUAAAUGUUAUUUUGAAUCAAUCAUCCGAGGCUGAUCUAGGGUCAUAAAACAUUGCCUCAAGAUCAUCUGUAAACAUCCAAUCAGCAGUAGAUAAUUGACAACUCACUCUAAGAGUUUAGUUCUGUUUGUGUUUAAUGUUUUGUCCAGACGUCAGUCCUCCUGAGUCCUCCUCCUCCCCUCCUCCUGAGUCCUCCUCCUCCUCUCCUCCUGUAGACUGUGGACUGUGUUGGAUGUUGCUGUUCAGUCUGUGUCCUGUGUCUGCUCUCCUCUCCUCCCUCCUCUCCUCUUUCUGUGUCUACUCCUUCUGCAGAACAACAGGUAAACUAACUUCAUUAUUAAUAGCAUUAUGUUUUCUUUUUUCUUUCACUAUUUCAUAGCAUGCACUGACUCACUCAUUCCUUUUGACGAUUUGAUUGAUUUAAAUUCCAUCUUACUAACUGUUGAAGUAAGGAACAUCCUACAUCCUAAACUUCCAUUUUUGACAACAUCAAUAAUAUACAAAAUUGAUUAUUUUACUUACAAAGUUAGUAUACAUUCACUCUCACUUAAUCUGUUUUACUCUCCAACUCAAUCACUCAAUGAAAUAAUCAAUCAAUCAAUAAACCAGCCAUCAAUCAUUCAAUCAAUCAAACCUUCUUUCAAAUACUCUGGUAAACUAAUGUAAACCAUGUUAAAUUGACAGUUCAAUAUCAGAUGUGUUCUUUACUUGUUGUUUUAAUGGUGAUAAUUCUUCUUCUGCAGCUGCAGCUGAGACUCAGGUUCCUCUGAACAGGACUACCACCAGGGGAAGUGACAGCAGAGAGAAGGUA